AUUGUUGGUCAUAUUGAUUGUCUUAAUAUCCUGCAUUGCAGGUUCCAUACUGUGUAGGGGCCUGUGUUCAGAAAAUUCUGUCAAAAAAAUGUCAGCAAUGAGAAUGAAAGCAGUGAGAUGUCCCACUGAUGAACUCAGUAUUACUAACUGUGCUAUAAUUAAUCCAGAUGACUAUCCAGAUGAUGUCAGACAUAUCGAAGUUACUACUGCACCGAAUCAUCAUUUUGUAUUUACCGUAAAAAGACAUCAUGAGGUACCCAGAGGAACAGUUGGUUUUAGUUUACCUCAAAGAAAAUGGGCUACUCUUUCCCUCAAUCAGGAAAUUGAAGUGCGACCUUAUCAUUUCAAUCCUACUUCGAGCACAGAAUGUCUUUGCACUAUUGUAUUGGAAGCUGAUUUCAUGCAAAAGAAAUCAACAACACUGGAACCCUAUAACACAGAUGAAAUGGCCAGAGAUUUCCUAUUACAGUUUUCGGGACAGGCAUUCACUGUAGGUCAGCAGGUGGUGUUUCAGUUUAAAGACAAGAAAAUCCUUGGUCUUGUAGUUAAAAGUUUGGAAGCUGCUGACCUUUCCGCUAUAAGUUCUGGGCAAAACACUGUGCCUAAAAAGACUCAAAUGGGACGUUGCCUAGGUGAUACUGUAAUACAAUUUGAGAAAGCAGAAAAUUCGAGCUUAAACCUUGUUGGUAAAGCAAAAGGGAAAGUUGUUCGUCAAUCGAUUAUCAAUCCAGAUUGGGACUUCCAAAAGAUGGGAAUUGGUGGCCUAGAUAAAGAAUUCAGUGCAAUUUUCCGAAGGGCGUUCGCAUCACGUGUUUUUCCACCAGAAAUUGUCACUCAGUUAGGUUGUAAACAUGUUAAAGGAAUUUUGCUUUAUGGUCCGCCAGGUACAGGUAAGACGUUAAUGGCGCGACAGAUAGGGACUAUGUUAAAUGCCAGAGAACCUAAAAUCGUCAAUGGCCCUCAAAUACUGGAUAAAUAUGUAGGAGAAAGCGAAGCUAAUAUUAGAAGAUUGUUUGCCGAUGCUGAAGAUGAAGAGAAGAGGCUUGGGCCGAACAGUGGAUUACAUAUAAUUAUUUUCGACGAGAUAGAUGCUAUUUGUAAGUCAAGAGGCAGUGUUGCUGGAAAUACAGGGGUACAUGAUACUGUUGUGAAUCAGUUACUUGCGAAGAUCGAUGGUGUAGAGCAAUUAAAUAAUAUUCUUGUUAUUGGUAUGACCAACAGAAGAGAUAUGAUCGACGAAGCUUUGUUACGACCCGGUAGAUUAGAAGUACAAAUGGAAAUUAGUUUGCCAGAUGAACAUGGACGAUUCCAAAUCCUUAACAUUCAUACAUCUAGAAUGAGAGACUACAAGAAGAUAGCAUCUGACGUUGAUUUGAAGGAAUUAGCUACGCUGACUAAAAACUUCAGUGGUGCAGAAUUGGAAGGUUUAGUCAGAGCUGCGCAGAGUACAGCUAUGAACAGAUUGAUCAAGGCUUCUAGCAAGGUAGAAGUGGAUCCAGCAGCAAUGGAAAAACUUAUGGUUUCUAGAACUGAUUUUCUUCAUGCUUUGGAUAAUGACGUUAAACCUGCAUUCGGUACCAGUGCAGAAGCACUGGAUCAUCUUCUUAUACGUGGAAUUAUUAACUGGGGUAAACCAGUGGCAGAAAUUUUGUCCGAUGGAAAUCUCUACAUCCAAGAAGCUCGAGCCACCGAAGGCUCUGGUCUUGUAUCAGUUCUCUUGGAAGGUCCGCCUAAUAGCGGAAAAACCGCUCUUGCAGCACAAAUUGCGAAAAAUUCCGAUUUUCCGUUUGUCAAAGUAUGUACACCAGAAGACAUGGUUGGUUUCACCGAAUCUGCAAAAUGUCUUUCAAUUCGAAAGAUAUUCGACGAUGCGUAUCGUUCGCAGCUUAGUUGCAUUUUAGUCGAUAAUAUCGAACGCUUACUGGAUUAUGGACCCAUUGGACCACGAUAUUCCAACCUGACUUUACAGGCUCUUUUAGUUUUAUUGAAAAAACAGCCACCACGUGGUCGCAAAUUAUUAAUUCUAUGUACGACAAGUCGCAGACAAGUAUUGGAUGAUAUGGAGAUGUUGUCAGCUUUUAGUACAACUCUGCAUGUUCCGAACUUGUCGACUCCCGAUCAUCUUUUGAGUGUUCUGGAAGAAGUGGAUCUUUUCAGUAAAGAGGAAAUAGUAUCUUUGCACGCUAAACUUCAAGGAAAACGGGUAUUUAUUGGUAUAAAGAAGUUGCUGUGUUUAAUAGAUAUGGCGCGUCAAGUAGAAGCAAAUUAUAGGGUUCCCAAGUUCCUCUCAAAAUUAGAAGAGGAGGGUGGACUAGAGUAAUGAGUAUUUAUUUUAAAAGAAUGUAAUUAUUUAUGUAGAGAUGAAUUAGAUGUUCUGAUGACCGGAAACCAAUACACAUUAAGCAAUCGACCGAUUUGCAUUUAAAUGCACGUUAAAAACAUAAAUGAGUUUAAAAGAACCAGAUAAAGUUAUUGUUACAAGCUAUAUACGUGUUAUAGGGAAAAAUAAGAGAAGCAUUUAAAUUAUUUACUACUUAUUAACUGUUUGCAUUUUUUAUUAUUUCUUCCAAGUUAUCUUAGUACAUCAUCGAUAAAAUCAAGAAGUACAGUAUUUAUAAUUCUUUUAAUUUUCCGGUAUUUCGUUGUAAAUUUUGGAUUAAAAAUCAUAUUACAGUAACCCUUCAAAAGGUUCGUUUAUGAUCAGUGAACGAUUUUUUUCGUCGUCACAUCAAAACAGCUACAUAUUUGAAACAUGACGUAAUCUAAAUAACAUUUAGUUACAUUAAUGGUAAUAUGUAUUUUUUUAUAUAAAAGUUCUCGCGUUAUGAGAUAUAAUUUAAUUUAAAAUUGUUAUAUUGUUUUCGUCACUUUUUAAUUAGGCAUAUCAUAUCAGUUUCAUAAUAUAUACUGAGACUUUAAUAAGGCAUUAAUAGAUGUCAUGCAGGUAUAUUAUGUAACAUCAUUUUGACAUUCUGUAUUGAAUUUAUUGAAAUUUUAUGAGGGUCAAAUAUUCUAAUCUUCUGAAGCGUUACUGUGCAUAGGUAGCCUGAAAUUUUCAAUGAAAUUUAACAAUUUCAAGAAAAUUGUAUGACAGAUGUACAGUUAAAAUGUAAAAAAGAGAAAGUAUAAUAAUCGAAAGGUAGAAUUUUUUUCAAUGAAAAUAACCUUUUGCCAUAAAAUAUAGAUUACAAAUUGUUGUUGUGUUGUGAAAUCUUUAAAAGAUUUAUUGUAUUCAAUUCAAUGGCAAUAUGUAUAUGUAAAAUACUAAUCAUGCAUUUUUGUCGUAUAAAUAUUAAAUUUGCUUCUGUAAGUUGCAGGGAACAUGCUUCCUUUAAUUUAUUACUUUAUUUUACAGGGUGAUAGAUCUGUUCCAUUACUAAUAAAGAUAGCCUUUGUAAUAAUUGCUACAAUUAUUUAUUUAUCAGAAGAAUUUAGAUUAUUAUACACAUUGUAAACAUGUAUUUUUAUGCAUCCAUUUGUAUGUAAUGUACAUCUAUAUAACUAUUUGCUGUGUGAUUAUUGUUAUCUCAGAAGUUUAUUGUAAUUCUUAUUGUAAAUGUAUGUAUGUGUUUGAUUGACUGGUGUUAGUUACAUAGUCAAUAUCUCUUAGAAGUAUCUUUGAUGAGAAUUAUUAUCAAAUCAUUCCAAAUGUAUGGUACAUAUUUAUUUUAUCGUUAAAGAAAUAUAAUCUUCGCAUCCGAUAUUAUCUGAAUGUGACACAUAAUAUUUGAAGAUGAAUUAACAAUUUAAUUUUUAGUUAAUUAAUAUAUUAGUAAUGUUAAAUUGUAGAUUUAUGUCAGUAUAUUUAUAUACUGUUUAAGAAUUAUUUAAAAAUUGUUCGAUUUGUUAUAUGUAUAUAAUUCCAAAUUGCUUAUGAGGGAAGUUGUGUAUCAUACGAGACUUCCUGUUUUGCUUGAUAAAUAAUGUAAUAUGGAUCGUAUAUCUGUACUUACGAAUAGUAUCUGUGUAUGAACAUGAUGCAAUAAU